AUGUGCGAAACUCAGUCCUCAUCAACUGCCAAUCAGCUUAGUGUAUUAUUUCUCUUGUUUUUCAUCCUUUUUUUUCUUCCUUUUCCUCUUUUCUUUUUUUUCUUCCUUUUCCUCUUUUCUUUUUUCUUUUUAAAACAGUUUUCUUUUCUUCUUCCUCUUCUCUUUUCUUCUUUUUUUUUUCCUUAUUUAAGAAUUCUUUCCUUUUUAUUUUCUUUUUCUUCCUUUUCUAUUUUAUCUCUUCUUCCUUAUCCUUUUAGGAGAUUCCUUUUUUCCUUAUUUUCCAUUUCUUCUUUUCCUAUUUUCCUCUUCUUCUUUUUCCUAUUUUCCUCCUCUUCCUUUUCCUAUUUUCCUCCUCUUCUUUUUCCUAUUUUCCUCCUCUUCCUUUUCCUAUUUUCCUCCUCUUCUUUUUCCUGUUUUUCUUCUUUUCCUUUUCUAUUUUCCUCUUAUCACUUUUCCUCAUUUCUUUUUCCUUUCCCUCCUCUUUCUGUUCCUCUUUUCCUCCUUAACUUUUCUUAUCCCUUUUUUUUUCUCUUUCUUUUCCUCUAUAUUUCUCCUUUCUCUUCCUUUUCCUUUCUCUCUUUCUUCAAACCUUCCUUUUCUUUGAGCUCUCUCUGUUUUUCAGACACUUUCUUUUUCAUUUUCUAUUUCAUCUGUUCAUUCAUAUUAUAUCUAUCUACUGUUCAUAAUCUAUCUAUCAAUAUCUCAUCUGUUGAGAUCUAUCUAUUCAUUUGUUUUUUCUGUCUAUAUCUAUCUAUUCUAUUAUCUAUCUAUCUAUCUAUCUAUCAUGAAUGGUCUGCUCCUGUCUAUCUAUCUGCAUCACAUAUUCUGUUUCCUAUCUAUCUAUCUAUCUAUCAUCUAUCUAUCUAUCUAUCUGUGUCAUAUAGUUUAUCUAUUAUCUAUCUAUCUAUCUUCUGUUCUAUCUAUCUAUUUCUAUCUAUCUAUCUAUCUAGUCAUCUAUCUGUGUCUCAACUUUCCUAUCUAUCUAUCUAUCUAUAUCUAUCUAUCUAUCUAUCUGUUCCUUUAUCUAUCUAUCUAUCUAUAAUAUUUCUAUCUAUCUCAUUCUAUCUAAUCUAUCUAUCUGUGUUCCUAUUCUAUCUAUCUAUCUAUCUAUUAUCUAUCUAUCUAUCUAUCAGUGUGUUUCUAUUUAUCUAUCAAUCUAUGUCUCAGUCUGUUUUUAUCUAUCUAUUCAUCUAUCAAUCACUGCCUCAGGCACAUUUUAAAUCUAUCUAUCUAUCUAUCUAUCGAGAGAGAGAGAGAGAGAAAUAA